AUGGGGCCAUCGAUUGGAUGCGCUGCGUUCCGGCAGCUCGACGGCAUGGUAUUCGAAUGCACACUUGUGGACAUUGCGUACGACUGUGACGAGAAGCCCAUUGUGUGGACCAUUCAAUACAAGGAUGACAACAAUAUAGAGCGACUGACGGACUUGACCGAGCUCAACUUCGACGUUGAGGGCGCUCUCGAGACGCAAAUGCAUCACAAGCUAUUCCUUGACAUGUUUUCAAGGUUCUUGCCGUACUUGACGCCUUGGGAAUAUCUGACAAAAUGCGGCUUGCUUUGCAAGUCCUGUCGAAGGUCGACCAUGUGUGCAGAAUUGUGGUUUCACAUGACAUUGUCCCAUGCGCCACCAACUGGUCGACUUGAUCGCUUUCUCAACUCAGUACUCAGUCGGCUGGUACACCACGAUGUAUUGGACCAAAUUCCCGUCAAGUCGAUCAUGAAGACGUUGGUGCUAGACGGCUUACCCGUGACCGACCGGGAUCUAUGGGGGAUUCUGCGGCAGACACCCGCCUUGACCAAAAUCAGUCUCGUCGGGUGCCCCAACGUCACCUUCCACUUGUUUCCUAUCUGCCAAAGCCUUCAAUCCACUCUAUGUUUGGAGCAAGUGGAUUUGUACCUAACAUUCGUGCAGCAUGCCAGCAUGAUGACCGUCCACAACAAAUUCCAAAAGGUCGUGGCCUUCACACCCUCUGGCCUCGUUCCCCUCUCGCACGAGAUCACCCGUGCCAUGAUCACACAGUACACAGUCGACAGCUGGUCCAACCGCAUUCGAUUCCUCGACAAAGACCAACUGGUCGAGGACCACCCAACGAUGUGCCCUGAAGAGCUCGGUGCAUGGCCGUUCAGCAGCUUGCCCGUGUUUGAAUCACACACGUUGUCGUUUAGUGGCUCGGCUUACUUGACACCCCUUGCCUCCUCUCCAGCAGCAUAUACGUUCAAGUCAUUUGCUCAUGCGAGUCGCUUCGUCUAUGAGUUGUACCACCCGUCAUGCCUGGCGACCAAACUUCGCAGCAUGACCAUGUCCGUAACCAAGAGCAUCCUACCACGACCUAAGCCCAUCGACCCACUUGAUGUCCAAGCCCAGCAAGUGUUAGCGUCCUUACAUGCAUGGAAAGUGUCCUUGCAAGACCAAGUGGACGAGCUCACCGUGGCUGUGGAUCGCGCCAAGCAUGAGCAACACGUCGCCCUCGCAGACUACAACCACGCCGAGCGCCAACGUCAAGAAGUUGAAAAGGCUGCGAAUCGAGCGGUCUUGGCGCUGUCGUUGGGUCAACCGAGUGUGGACCCUCCCACGAACCAUCGUCCGACCAACAAGCCUGGCGACCUGAAUUUACCGCCGCUGCCGUCACCAGAUGCCAUUGCAGCCCUCGGCGCGACGCUGGAAAUGAACCAGUUCGCAGUGCUCGAUGCGUUCUUGGGCCAUGCGAUGGCAUUCGCGCUCUUCGAAACCCUCGACAACCUGCACACCUACGGCGGCCCGUAUUCGUUUGAAAGGGGGGUGCUCGCGGGCGGAAAAACCGGGCGGAAUCUGCGGUACCAAAAGCCGUCCGUCCGGGGCGACGACGUGCUGUGGCUGGACGGGACCGAGCCCGAGUGCCCCCCGAUCGUGUCGCAGACAUUGCGGCAACUAGAUCGGUUGAUCAUCGAGCGAUUGGCGACCGACGAGCUGACAGCAUGUGCGUUGAUGCGGAAGAAAGCCAUGCUGACAUGUUACCCCGGCGACGGAGCAUCGUACGUCAAGCACUGCGACAACCCCAACGGAAAUGGACGAAAGGUCACUGCGAUCUUGUAUUUGAAUCCGUCAUGGGAGCUACCCCACGGCGGCGAGCUCGUCCUCUACCACGGCGACGACGCUCAUGUCGUGACUCCGCUGUUGGACCGCCUGCUCUUGUUCUAUUCGGACGGUCGCAACCCGCACGAAGUUCGACCGACCACUGUGAAGAGAUAUGCUCUCACGGUGUGGUACAUGGACUGGGAUGAGUACAUGUCGGCGCAGGUCUUUGGCAGCGACGACGACGGCCUCGAACGCGCCAAGAUUGAGCGCGAGAUGGAGAAAUUUCACGCAGGUUGA